GGUUUCAAACUUGCAAAAGAAGACGGCUGCCGCACAAAAGGGUGAACAAGUUACCGCCAAUUUUCGGUUGCCUCUAUUUAGAUCCAGUGCUGAAUUGGCUAAGAAGUAUGAUAUCAAAUGUGAGAUGGUAAAUAAUAACUGUGAAGGACCUAGUAAAGUAGGCAUCCGGCCUCCUUUUGUGCCUGCAUCUAGGGAACUUUUCAACUUAUCUAAGUUUGAAACUGCUGAUUCAAGGAUUGAUAGUUUGGCCGAUGUGUUGUAUCCAACCGAAAUAAGGACAAGGCAGACAAUUCCCAGAAAAGUAGGGGCUGAAUUUACUGAUUCAAGGACCAGGCAGCAAGUAAUUCCCAAAACAGGGCCUGAAGUUGCUUCAAGGACCAGGCAGCAACUUACUAAAAAAACAGGGCCUGAAAUUGUUGAUUCAAGGACCAGGCAACAACAAGGAAGUGAUAAGCAACAAGUUUCAAGUGCCAAGCAGCAACAAGGAAGUGCUAAGCAACAAGUUUCAAGUGCGAAGCAACAAGUUUCAAGUGCUAAGCAACAAGUUUCAAGUGCCAAGCAACAAGCUUUAAGUGCUAAGCAAUAAGCUUUAAGUGCGAAUCAACAAUGUCCUUCAAGUGCAAAGCAGAAUCCUUCAAGUGCAAAGCAGCAACCUAAGGAGAAACGGGUGGUUAACACUGCUGAUUCAAGGUCAAACCAGAAUCGUAUGAAAAGGGCAAUGAUAAAAGUUGAUGGAAAUUCCGGGACAAAGCAAGGAAGUGGCUUGAAGAAGACAAAACGAAUCCCAAUGUGUAAAUCGACUUCAGUUGAAGAAUUCCUCAAAGAAAAUGGGGAAAAUAGUGAAGAAGAUGAAUGUGAAAAUCUUGAGGAAGAAGAAAAUAUAAUGGGUGAAGAAGAAAACACUCAGCAAAUUGGAAGUGAACAAACUGAAGGGGCAAGUAAGAAAAGGACACGUGGGCCAACUCAAUGUUUGAAAAUCCAUGCUAGAAAGAGUGCGGAUCGUGAAGAGGUGGUCUUAGACGAUGAUGGAGAACCUAUUGGACCUAAUAAUCGAAGCGUGACAGGUUUGAGUUGUUUCCUUGGCACUGUCGCGAGGAAUUCAGACUUGUGUCCCUUAUUUUAUACUAACUUCAAAGCUUUGAAGAAAGCAAACAAGGACCGUAUAUGGGAAUUUAUCACCGAUAAAUUCAUUAUCCCUGAUAAUGGAAGUAGAGCGGUUUUCUCUCGCAUAAAUGAUGCUUGGAGGCGUUACAAGAAAGAUCUCAAAAAGAGUUGUUUUUUAAAGUACACUACUAUGAGUGAAAGAUUGAAGCAUCGUCCCCAGACCGUACCUGAAGUUCAUUUCAAGCAAUUGAUAUCCUAUUGGAAGAACAAUAACAUCCAAGUAAUAUAAAUUAG